AUGUCUUCAUACUACGGAUUCCAUGCGCCUGCAUCGCACGCCGCCCCUGUCUCGCACCACCACACCAGCAGCCGCAACCGCAGAACCCCUCGCCAGAACGUCUCGCAGCCGCAGCGCCAGUUCCGCGGCGUGCGCAGCAUGAGGGAGCUCACCGACACGGCGGCCCUGUCGGCGUUCCGCAACCGAUUCGAGGCCGGCCGGUCCUUUGACCUCGAGGACGACCUCGAGUUCUGCCCGGGCCUGCUGACCGAAAGCGACGUGAGUAGCCCUCCGAGUCCGGCGGAUUCAUCCCCUCCUCGCAGCCUGUACAGGUCUGACUCGCCGCUGCAACAGUUGGUCUCCAUCUCUGCCUCUGAGCGCUCGUCACUGGCCAGCAACUCUCCCGAGGCCUCUCCCACCCAGCAGCCUCAGACCGUCGCUCCCGCCUUUUCUCUCAACUCAUCGUCGCCCCCCUUUAUCCCCCCUCCCACUGUCCAGCCUCUGAACGUGGCCUUCCGCCUGGCCCAGCCCACCGCUACUCGUGGCCGCAAUGCCAUUCCCAUCGUCAACCCCGCCACGGGUGCUUCCAUGCCCAGCCCUCCCCCGUCAAUGUCGCCUGGCCGACUGCAGCAGCAGCCCAUCCGCCGAUGGUAA